UCAAAUUAUCAUUUUGUUUAAAACUGAAUAUUGCGAUUAAAUGGUGCUUGUAAAAAGUUUCUAAUUAAGUUACACAUUAUAAUUGCGAUCAAACAAUAAUUACACUAAGACACGCUUAAAUAGUAGUAUUUUAAAGUACUGCAGCGAUGGCGGACAUGGAAAAUGAGUUAAAAGAUCUUCGAGAAAAAAAUAAUGAAUUAGUACAGAAAAUUCAGUAUUGGAAAAUGACGGCCGCCCAAAGGGAGAAUGAGAAAUUGGAGCUUAUGAAAGAAAUAAACGAACUAAGGCUUAAACUUAGUAGAUUACGUAGCGGUGGUGCGGCUCAUGCUCGUAAGCUUGAUGCUGCACUACAAACUGCAAGUGAAGAAGCACUAUCACAUCUCGUACAGGCAUCAAGUGCAGUUGCUCGCACAUUAGAGCUGGCCAAAACAUAUAUGCAAGACAGGCAGGAAUUAGACUCAGCUUUGCCUAGAUGGAGUAGUUUAAGCAACACUCCAUCAACAGAUAAAGUGAAUAGAGUACCACCCAUGUUGAUUGGUGGACGAUUAAUGCAGCCAGUUGUUUCAUUAAGUAGGACACUACAGUCCAAUAAUUCCAGAUCAGUUAAUAGAAGUCCAAAUCAACAGAAUCGCAGUGUUUCAGAAAGGGCAGUGCCCAUGCAUAUGUUACAAGAUGUAUAUAUACCAUUGACAAGAAUAGAUGCAGGCGAAUUACCUGCCAAUAAUGUGGACACAGACAUGGAGGUGAACCACGCUGAUGACAGCACCGAGGAUCUGGCAUUAGAUGGCAAUGGCAAUAGAUUGGAUGACUCUCAAAACUCAGAUACAGAUAACUUUGAAGAAUCUCGUAGGUUAGAUGCAGUUACAGAAGAUAUCGAGCCUGAAGAUGAAGAACCUCCACAAAGACCAAGAGCAGAGAACCCGUUAGAAGGUCCGAGCUGGCUUUUGGAUGAACCUAGAACAAAGAGGAAGACAAGAAAAUUAAAAACUCUUGAACCGGAUUCGACCACGGAGUUCGAGGAGAACUUGGACAGCGCCCGGACUCCCGGACCCAGUCAGAGUUCCCGACAGACUGAGUUCUCCCCCACCGUGCGGCGCCGGCGCGCGUCCCCCCCGCCCGCCUCGCCGCGCACCCCGCGCUCGCCGCCCUACUCGCCGCGCCCGCGCCGUGCCAGUAACAACGGUCGCAUCCUCAAGGUGCUGGUCGCUAAGAUGCGCCUCGACGAGGACUUCCGCGGCGACGGGGACGCCUCGCCGCCCAAGCGACCGAACCUCGACGCCACGUCUCCGCUGGCCACCGUCGUGACGCCGCGGGUUAACAUUAAAGUUCCAGAAGUUUCUCCGAAACGACAGUCGCGUGACGGGUCGCCUCGGUUUCAAAUAAGAGACGUGUCUCCGUCUAAGCGGCUGAUGCGUUUUGAUGCCCCGAGUCCGAACGGAUCUACCGACUCGCGGGUUAUAGUUUUAGAAACGCACAACGACUCACCGGAACCCUGUACUUCCGGUAUAAAUAUGUCGAGAGUCAUAAAUCGAGUGAACAGCCUCGACAAUCGCACAAAUCGAUCGAAUAACAACAUAAGCGACAAUCACAGUGGUGACAAUCAAAUCCAACCCAACGAUAACGAUCGUGACACUCGGAGGAAUCACAGCAGUGCCGACAAUCGUAGCAGUAGAGCAACAAAUCAAAGUCGUGAAAAUAAUAUAGACAAUAAUCGAAGCAGUCGACCGAAUAAUCAUAGUCGUGAUAAUAACAAUCACAACAGUUUAGACGAUCGUGGCAGUCGGGAUAGUCGCGACAGUGACAGCAGUGGGGGUGAGCUGGUGAGUGAGUGUCGCACGAGGAGACCAAGGAAGGCGGUUGUAUAUAAGGAGAAACCAUUGAACAGAAAAUUGCGUAGGUGAUUAGUAUUUUUUUAUAUUAAACGAUUUUUAGUAAAAUAUUGUGCAGUUUAAAUUAUUUAUCUUCGAGAUUAACACGUGUGUUAACAAUUGUUAUAAAAAACAAUAUUUUUUACAAAUAAAUAGAAUGUUAUGUUUAAAAAAGUAUAAUUAGUAACGUUAUUUAUUAACACUGGUCACUGGAGUAGAACGAGUCUAAGAAAUGACUUUUGACAGCUGUCAGACAUGUCGAUCGAAAAUUCGAAUCAUAUUCGUUUCUUUUAUGCGAAUAUCGAUUAUUGCUUUUCGCUUUUGCCCACCCAAAAAUGUUAUGUUAAUUUCUCUUGCACUGUUUAAACAUAUGACUGAACUUAUAUUACCAGUAAUCAAAUAAUAAAAAUGAUUUAAUAGUUUAUUUUACAUAAGUUUGAGUACAGAAUGAUGAAAACUGAAAAAUCUGAACCGUAAAAAGGUUUCUUAGAAUUGUUGUUCUGUGUUAUAUUGAAGAAUAGUUGAAAACAUUUAGUAUAUUUUAAUAUGUAUUUCGUUGUUUGUUUUUGUACGAAAUGUAAACAGAAAUAAAACUCAAGUCACACGUACACAACACAAAUGUGUAAGCUUUUGCGUCAAAACCUUUUUUCUUUCUUUGUACUGAGUAAUGCAGUAUAUACAGAUAUAUCACGAGAUAUAAAUCCUACUAUUUUGCUUAACACUAAGAUCCUAUAUCCUAUUUAAGAUGAAAACAUCACUGGGUCAACCUUAAACUAAUUUCUUUUAACAUUUCGUACAAAAACAAAAUUAUAUUAAAAUAAACUAUUAUAAUUAUUGUGUUUUUUAACCAAUUUUCAAGUGUAAACAGUUUUCGCUAUGAAAUAAUUUAUUGAAUCUAUGGUUAGCGACUUACUAUAGGAUAUUUAUAUUAUUAGCAUGUUAUAAGUUUGAGAUGAUAACUCUAUACGUUACUUAGGAAGCUUUGUGACGUUAUUAGUUUAAUAUUGAUGUCCCAAAAGAAAAUAAUGGCCUACAAAUGGCACGCCAUAGGCAAUAUCGUUCAAUAAGAUUUAAAAAAAAAUCUGACAUAUUUUGUUCUUGUUUAUUUUAGUCGCAUUUUUAUUGUUGUUUGUUCAAUAAAAUAGCAUUUUAUUAUUCAAGUUGUAAUGUAUUCAAGGAAUAGAAAAAUAAUUGAAUUCGUUCGAUCUCUAUGAAGAUUUAUAAUUGACGACGUUGAACUUGUGUACUUUAAAAAAUCUAAUUGUAUUUUUUUCUACGCCAUUCCUUUUUUAUUAUCUGUUCCAAAUGUUGAUAUGACUUUUCGAAACUGCGUUAAGGCUGUGACUGUGUUUCUUAAAAGAAAAACAAUCAGUUGAAUAAAUACCAAAUAUACUUUUUAGGCAUCAUGUAAAUAAAAAAAUGGAUAUAAUAGUACGUAAAGUAUAAAAAAUGUAUUUAUUUUAAUGUUUUAGUAACUUAAGAGCAAGGACUAAGCUAAAUUAAAUAAAAAAAGUUAAUUAUGUAAUGAUACUAAUGCUUCAGUUAGCUCAUGUGUGUGUAUUUUUCGAAGGACGAUUAAUUUUUUACUAUUAGCACUCAUUUUGGUCGUGCCAUAAAUGAUUGUAAUGCAAAAAUAAACUUCGAUAGUGUAGCGGACUGUACUUAGAAACCUCAGUUGACGUCAUACGGCUCUCUACUCUAAAAGGUGACCCAAUCAGCAUGUGGAACGAAUAAUAUUAGUAUUUUUAAUUUGCUCAAUGUUUUGCACUAGAUUAAAAAUUAUUAUGUAUUGAACCAUGUUUUAUUAGUAACUUAAAUAUUAAUUAAUUUAGUAUUUAGCAAUUUUUAGUAUGUUAGCAUGUUCAUGAAAAAAACUAAUACGAUGUUAAGUAAAGUAUUUCUGAAAGACUGCAUCGACCAAAUAAUGUGGACCUGUUUUAUGAAGGUUUUACAGUAAGUAUAAGGGUCCAAUUUUAUUGGCAUAAUCGUCGAGUUUUCAUUUUAAACACACAAUUCUCUUGUAUUGAUAUUGUGUACACUAAAUAUAAUAUUUUUUUUCACGUUGAAAGUAAGGCCAAGGUAUGCAAAUAGAAUACGGCCCAAAAACAAUGUAUUUUUUCUUUAUACUUAUUAAAUAUAAGAUUUUUUUUUAAAUUUUGUAACAAUUCAUAAUGUUUGUCUUUGAGAUUAAUAGACAAUUUUCUCGAAGUGUUAAAAUAUUUAAAUGAUUAAGGAUGUACUCAAGAUUUGCUUCAGGUGUGGGAGCGGAACCAGGGAAAGUAAAUUAAAGUACUUGUGAUAUAUAUUUGUAGUACAUCACUUGUGUCCUUAAAGCAUACAUGGUGCCCCAAGACACACAAUGGCCCUCUCCGCUACCACACCAUGGCUACGCCCUUUGAUAAAGACACAUGCAUUUAGUGCACACUUCAAAAUUAUUUUGUUUAAAAAGAUUAAUUUCUUAAAAUAAUAUAUUUUCCUAUAAUGUAUAUAAAGAUUGUUCUGUAAAAUACAAAUUCUUAAACUGUUUUAUAAUAUGAAGAACGAUAUAUAUGGUGUAAUUAAAAAACCACUUUUAUUUGCAUAUUUGAUACAUAAUAACACAAAUUAAAUAACCAAUAUUAUUAUAUAUUUAAUUUCUACUAAACGUAACCGAGUGUUGAGUAAAAAUAAUGUAAGUCACACUAAUACUGUCAAUGACAUGGUUCUUGCCUGUCACAAUAUUAUUUAAAACGCGCGAGCACGAGAUAAAAGAAUCUAUAUUAAUGCAUAUAUAAACAUAAACUAAGCCGACGGCACACUUUGAUAUUUACGUUACAAUCUCUACGAACUAAUGAUACAGCUACCUAUAUAAGGGUAUCUGGCUAGAAAUCCCUGGGCUUUUAUCAUAUAAUAAGUUUUUGUGUUAGUAAAAACCGAUGCCCUGAGUGACCGUUAACCUACCUAUUAGGUAUGGCUACUGCUGUGCUACAUAUGGAGAAACGUGAAGAGUAACAUAGACAAGUGGUAGCCUGCACCAAGCAGUUGCAUAAGUGUGGAUGAUAAUGAUGAACGUUUACCAUACCAAUGCUGUGUAUAAAGACAGUCUGCUAUUUUUUUAAAUUCUAUGCUUAUUUAAUUCUGCAAUAGCACGCACUGAUUGUUUUGCCAAAGUUGAUGAGGAGGAGAAAUCGUAUAUGGUCAAUUUUUCAAUAGUUUCAACCAAUUUAACGUUGAAAUGAUAAAUAUUAUAUCGACUCUUUACUAGUUUAAUUAUUGUAAUCGAAGUGUAGUGCGGCGGAAUCGUGGACGACUCGUAGCAUUGUUGUUUGUAAGUUGAAUGUUGUAUGAGU